GUCUUCCCCACAUGAAGAUGAAGAGGAUAUGGAUUUGAUAAUUGAAAAUGGGUACAGGAAUAGGCUUAGUACAAUUCGUCCCAAACCCGACCCAUUGUCAUUCCUACUUUCCUCUACUAGGUUUUCUGAUUCAAUUUGUCUGCUUUCUCUUUCCAAGUUAGCCGAAAUAUCCUCUGCUUAAGGUAGAACAUGGCGGCGAAGGAUCAGGCGGUGACGAGGAAGGAGACUGUGAAAUUCACAUGGAGGAUUGAGAAUUUCUCACAGCUGAAAGAAAAAAAUCUUUUCUCCGACACUUUCUUGGUCGGAGGCCGCAAAUGGAGGGUCUCUCUUUUUCCUCAGGGAAAUAAUCUCCACUAUCUAUCCAUAUAUUUGAAAUUUGCUGAUUCGGAGACGAUGCCCAACGGAUGGAGUGUCCCAGCUGUCCUCGGCUUCAAUCUUAUCGCCCCAUUCGUUCCCUCCUCCACUGUGCGAAAGUGGACCAAACACAAUUUCAAUAUAAGGGAGGUUGACUGGGGAUUUUCAUCUUUUGUUCCGUUGAGAGAACUUCGCGACCCUCUUAGAGGAUUCCUUGUCAAUGAUACCCUCACUAUUGAAGCUGAAGUUUCAACUGAAGCGGCGGCAUUACCUGCAACUGAUGAAUUGAAAGUGAUCGAGGCCGAUGAUCAACCUGUUGAUGAAGCCAUCAAAGAAUCGUUGACUGAGACUCGUCUGAUGGCAAGCCAGGCGACAUUGGUUGAUAAACCUUCUGAGCCAAAUGGGGCUGAGGGAAGUACCUUCUCACCGUCAAGUGCACAAUUAUAUUCCAGAGAUAUUAUAGAAGAACUGUCAACAGUGAUAAACGCUGCAGGCAACUCUUCUACGAAUGCAGACCAUGGUUCUGGUUUGCUGGUACAGCAAAGAGAGAAAUUGGUUGGAUUCCUUGGUAUGUCACUUGAGGCCAUAUCUCAAGCUGGAUCGUUGAAGGAUGUUGAGGACACUGCCCUCCAACUUGCUGACCGUGCAACUGAACCACUUGAGAAGACAGUCCUGGAAUACGUGGUCUCAAACCUGGCCAAGUUUAGAGAAGUCAUUCCUAGCUCUCUAUCCACUAUUGAAACUAGCCGAGUUGUCGAAUUAUCUGCAGCCCAAGCGACCAAGGAUCUGGAGGUAAGGCUGGUUCACAGGAAGGGCCAGCUAAGCUCUUUGGAGGCUGAAGUUUCAAAACUUGGAGAUGAAGGCACAAAGCUGGAUGCCGAAAUUCAGCAGUUAGUUGCCCGCAAGGCUAAAAUUCUCGAUCAUAGAAAUUCAACUGCUGCCGAUUUGGAGAAAGCCACCCAAGAUGCUUCCCAGGAACUGAAAGAGCUGAAGAAGCGACGUCGAGAAAGCAAACAAGCCAUCGAGGAUAGGAUGAGAGCCGAAGAGAAACUUGCUCAGUCCAAUGCUAGUUGGAAGCUUUUAAAGGAGCAGUUAGGUUGGUAAUAGAAGCAGCAGUAGUCUUAGUCCACUCUUCCUCUGAUGGAUGAUGGACGCCUGUCUUCUGCUUGUAAGUUGGGAUCUUUUUGGUGGUGCAAUUCAACUUAAAUGAAGUUAUGGAUGAAAUGUAAUUUGGUACAACCCUCAACAAAGCUAUCGUAAGUAAGUUCGUAGCAUUAUGGGUUUUAUAAACUCCGAGGUGGAUUUGUCUCCUCCAUCGUUCUCUUGUUUAAAUGAAUGUGUUUUGAUGUCCGAGUGACCUGUAGAAGCCUUGC